GGAUACGCAUCCCGUGUUUGCUAAACAGAUAGAUGGCUGCCCGGAGAGGUUAUUUUGCGCCGAAUAUCUGCACAGAGCCGACAAAGAGAUCAUGGCGGCGGCGUUGCAGAGGCUCACAAAAUGAGUCAGUCUCUGCAAGGCUCGCUGGCUCUCAACACAACCGAGACAUAGAUUUUAAAUGAUCAUGGAGGCUGCAGACACACAGCAAGGUGGCGAAACGGCUGUCUCGGAGUCUGAGGUCCAGCACAUCACCCUGACACAGGCUUCCAUAGCAGCCAGCCAGGUGUCCUCCAGCAGUCCCACAGUCACCCUAGUGCAGUUACCGAACGGCCAGACAGUCCAAGUGCACGGGGUGAUCCAAGCUGCUCAGCCAUCUGUCAUCCAGUCCCCGCAAGUCCAGACAGUGCAGAUUUCGACCGUUGCCGAGAGCGAGGACUCUCAGGAAUCCGUAGAGAGCGUGACAGAUACUCAGAAGAGGAGAGAGAUCCUGUCCAGACGGCCGUCGUACAGAAAGAUCCUGAAUGACUUAUCGUCAGACGCUCCAGCGGUGCCUCGGAUUGAGGAGGAGAAGUCGGAAGAUGACUCAGCCCCUGCCAUCACCACCGUCACAAUGCCCACCCCCAUCUAUCAGACCAGCAGCGGCCAGUACAUUGCCAUUACCCAGGGCGGAGCCAUUCAGCUGGCUAACAACGGCACAGAUGGAGUGCAGGGCUUGCAGACGCUCACCAUGGCCAACGCCGCCGCCCAACCUGGAGCCACCAUCCUCCAGUACGCCCAGACCAGCGACGGGCAGCAGAUCCUAGUGCCCAGCAACCAAGUGGUCGUGCAAGCCGCCUCAGGCGACGUCCAGGCCUACCAGAUCCGCACGGCCCCCACCAGCACCAUCACCCCCUCGGUGGUCAUGGCGACCUCGCCCGCGCUGGGCUCAACGGGAGGCACGGAGGAGGUCACGCGCAAAAGGGAGGUUCGGCUGAUGAAAAACAGGGAGGCCGCGCGCGAGUGUCGCAGGAAGAAGAAGGAGUACGUCAAGUGUCUGGAGAACCGCGUGGCCGUGCUGGAGAACCAGAACAAAACCCUCAUCGAGGAACUCAAAGCCCUCAAAGACUUGUACUGCCACAAAUCCGAGUAGGAGCGCCUGCCACGGGCCUACCAGGCGCCCCGUCUGUCACCAUGUACAGAGACUCAGCACAGAGCCACGCAUCCGGAUUCCGACUCCCCUCCCCUUUUCUACUCUUACGCUUUCUUUUUAAAAACUGCGGAAAAAAGUCUAUAUAACGUGACUCAACAGGAAUAUAUGAAAGAAAACAAAAACGACCCCGUCCUACUUUUGAAUUUGGAACUCUCUUCCGCGAACGGGAUGAGGAGGAGGAGGCGACGACGGCGGCGGCGGCGGCGGCGCACGGAACGAACCGAGACAAACAAACAGGGUCCUCGUGGUGAAGCGGCGCCACGGAGGGAAACAUUCCAGUCACUGGUGCCUGGGACAAACCGGGCGACAUCACCAGCAACGGAGAACGUUUCCACAGGGGGACUGAUUUGGAGAGGUUACCUUCGCGUGCGGCGUUUGUAUCCAUAACUUUUCGCGCUCUUGCAUUAACAUCUAUUAUUAUUAUUAUUAUUAACGCUUUGGACUGUAGAUGGGAUUUUUUUUAUCUUUGAGCUGUGUUUUUGGGUUUAUUAGUUUAUAUGCUUCCGUAAAUGCCAUUUAUUUUUGUUUUAUUUUUACUUUAAAAAAAAAAAAAUUACUUUGCCUUCAUCUGACAUGUACAAAAAGCUAGUUGUAAAAGGAAUUUCAUGUUAACUGCAGCGUAACAAAUAUAAAGAGACUGAACGGCAGCGAAUCUUUCAAGUGGACGUUCCUGCGACAAUACUGUUCCUCAUAAUGAGCAGUAAAUAAAUGGUUAAAUUUUUCAUUUGUUUGGAUUAUGGAUUUUGCAAUCCAUUCUUUUGUUUUUAAAGAACGAACUACUUUGGAAACAAAAACCCAAACAAAUAAGAGCCUUACUUGUUAUGCAACGACUUUGUUAAUGUGGUUACACGUCACUGGAAUCAUUGGCUGCCUGGUUUGUUUGCAGAUGAUACUGUCUUAUUCAAUUUGAGUUUAUUCUGUCUAAUUUGAGGGUAACAAAAUCGCUGCACAGUCGGAGGUUUGUAGGUUUCUAUUACGAAUCCAGGACUUUGUCUGCGUGGCGGCGGCGUCAUCUCUUCGCGGGAAGCGGCAUGCGCACUUUUGUUGCAAUCUACAAUCCGACGACAUUUCGCCCGAGUUAUCAGGAAAAUGUUGCCCGUCUCGUUGCUAAUCAUGCAUUUAAUCGGGCGCUGUUCAUUUUGUGCAGCGUCGAAUAGUACAAACACCCCACAAAAGGAUUGUAAAGUGCAACCAAAACAAACAAAAAAAAUUCCCGUCAACAAAAUGGAUAUUUUCAUGGUAAUGGAAUGCCAUAUUGUAUUCUUUAGGUAUUAUGUAUAGUCAUGAAAUAGUAUGCUUUUUUUUAUGUUGCUUCUCAGUAUUUUUUUUUUUUAUUCACAAUUUCUAAUUGUCCGCACCAACUUGUAUAAAACAGUGCAUUAUGUUAGAGCUAUUCAGAUAUUACACUUUUGGCAGCUGUUAAUAAUAAAUGUGUUUCUGGUAA